ACAAUGUUUCAACACUGGCUCGCGUUACGCGUAGUUCAUAAUCUGUCAUCAACGUAACAGAGCAAGUCAUCAACGUAACAGAGCAAGUAGUUAAUCUGUGCACCGUAGAUACCUGUUAUGCAUAGCCUGUCAUGCUUAUUAGGCAGACCGCAGGGCGCAGACAGAUAGUUGUUAUUGAUCACUGAUCAGUGAUUUCUUACUGAUCGAAGGGGCUCGUGCUUAGAACUACGUAUGUAUGUACUACAAUGUAAGGAAAUUAUUGUGAAUGAUCUUUUUCAUCGGUGCGACACAUAAAUAGUAUUUUUCUCAUUUUAGUAUUUUAACCAUUCUAAAAGCUAAUAAGAUUGCCAGAUAAAUAUGGAGUUGGAUAACGAAAAUCUUGAUUUCAUUAAGUUAAUUAAUAUCAAGGGAAAUGUUGAUAAUAUAACACCUCAUAAAAUAGCAGUUGUUGCAUUUAUUCGAGAGUAUGGAUUGUUAAAGAUUGAAGCAAAAGAGAUGACUGAGAGGACAAUGGCUCCUAAAUAUAGAAAAGAUUUCUGUAUACUCGCUUUAAAAUUAAUACAGUGUCCUGACAUGGAAUUCAAGGCGUUAGAGGCUCUACUUACAGAUGGAAGAUAUAAUUUGUUGAGUGUACAUUUACAAAACUUUUGUGUUCGAUUGCAAAAUAUUUAUAUCAAUGGAGUUAACGCACUAAUGGACUGUGUCACUUCAACGGUAGAUAAACUUAUGGUUUCACCAUUAGUAGACCAACCUGAGUUGAGCACAUGUACAAUAACUAGAUGCAGUGUAUUAGGAUUUUAUUUGAGAAGAAUAAUGCUUCAUUUUGAUAAACUAACAUUUGUGCAACUGGGUUCACUUUACAAAUCUUUUUGUCAAUAUUAUCAAAAAGGGAGACCAGGGCUCAUGAUGAGAUCUUUGAGCAAAGAGAAACUAAACAAUACUGAAACACAGAAUUUAUCUAGUUCCAUUGUGGUAGAUGAAUCAAGACCUCAAGAAAUAAUAUCCAGAGUAAACAUUGAUAAAGAUAAGAUUGAAAAUGGCUUUGAAGAAUGUCAAUGGUCUCGUAAACAAGCAGAGCUUUUCACAGCUCAACAAGCUAAUCUGUUGCAAAUCAACCCAAAAAUGGCUUUGCCACCAAAGCAACUGCAGAAGAUGAUUAUGCAAAUCAUAAAUGAUAUACCGGAGUAUCCAGAUAUUCAUUUUCUCAGUUUCUUGAAUUGCAUAAGGAUGAAAGAAUUUUGUGGCGCCCAAGAGUCAAUGUACAAUUGUUUUGACAGAGCUGUAUUUAGUGUGUGUAGCAGUAACUCAAAUAACGACAGAAACAAAAAUUUUCGCUAUGCAGCACUCAACAGAGCUGCAAUGCAUACACAAUUUGGCCACAAGUCGCUGGCUAUGGAAGCAGUGCGUGAAGCGCUGGCAACGGCGCAAGAGGCGGGCGACACAGCGUGCCUGGCGCACGCGGCGGCGUGGGGCGCGCUGGCAGGGGGGCGCGCGCGCCGUGCGGCGCUGUUGGCGCGGGUGCCGCGCGCGCCCCGUGCCGCGGCCGCCGCCGCACAGCUAAUGGCACAACACGCGGCGCUCAAUGCUGCUAAGCCGUGUGAAGUUUUUCAGAUCAUAACCAAAGGAGAAUCUAUUAAUUACCUGCAUUCAAUGACAGAUUUGACUAUGGCUGGUCUAGCAAAUACUGCAGCUUUGUGGGGCCUCUAUGGAAAAACUGAAAUGGCAUCUGUGAACUGUCAAUUGUUACUUAACUUAAAUACUAAGUGCAAGGUGGGCGUGGGCAGCGCGUGGCAGUGGGGCGACACGAGCGCGACGGCGGGCGCGGGCGCGGUGUGCGCGGCGGCGUGGCGCGGCCGCGUGGCGCUCGCCGCCGCGCUGGCCUCGCACUUCGUGUCGCCGCCGGCGCGCGCGCUCUCCCUGCGCCACCACGCGUCCUUUUCGCUCAGGGCCGGUAAAUGGGAGGAGGCAGAACAAAGUAUCGGAGAAUUGGCAUCCUUUGACAGAUGGGAGAGUCAGUUGUUGAGAGCUGAAAUGUACUUUUUGAAAGGAGAUCCCACAAAUGCCCUCGAAACUCUUCAUGAUAUAAUAGAUAAUUGUAAAACAGAAGAUGACAGUCUUCAUUAUAUAUCACUUCGACUGAAAGCAAUGAUAAUGAUCUCAGAAGUACAGCACUCGUACAACAGAAUUCAGUCAACAAAUAUUAUGUUGCUAAACGAGGCUUUGUGUCUAGCAAAAAAGUAUCAUAUGCAUUUUUUAGCUGCUACAAUAGAAAUGCAUAUAGCAAAUGUACAACUACAUAUGGGCUGUUCUAAAAAUGCUUUGAUUCUCGUUCGAAAAGUAUUACCUUCAAUAAUGGAACAUGGCAGCGCUUAUGACGUCGCAAGAGGUAUGUUAUUAUACACAAAAUGUAGAAUAGCCACGGUAUCACCUUCCGGAGAAGCAAGGAAUCAAGUAUUACAAUCAUGUUGUGAAUCUCUAGAUAUCGUUAAGGAGAAUUUUGGUAAAGUUGGCGCUCAAAGUCGUCUUCUCCACACGUGGUAUUUGCAGGCUCAGCUCUAUCAUGAUAUAGGUAACACAGUUAUGCGCAAUCAGUGUGCUUGGAUGUACAGACAGCUGGAAAAGCAGCUUCCCUUAGAAUCAAUACAAAUAUCUCAUAUAUUGUAUUAAUUAACUAAAGCGCAAUGAUUUUAAGGAGACCUCGUAAUUUCUGCCCACUAAUUUUUGACUACAAACACAAAUAUUGUAAUUUUACCUGUGUGAAAUGUACUCCUGGAUAAUAUGUAAGGACUUCUAUUAAUAAUUCAUAUGAUAAUCUUAAAAUUGCGCCAUAUGUAAACUUUUAAUGUGGCUCAUAAUCCUUUCGUGAGUGAUGAUAUCGAUAUUUACAUAAUAUGUAUGAUAGUUUCUCUAUGAAGAGUACCAAAAAAUGCAUAGAUUAUGGGAUAGUGUAAUAUAUGAUAAAAUAAGCAAAUUACAAAACAUUGGUUAUUUUGAAUUAAAAUUCGAAUAUUAUUGUUAUUGUAUUACCUUAUCAAUCUUUAGAUCUUCUACCGCCUAUACGUUAGGCUUUUGCAGAAUAAGAUGAAGGCUUUUUACGGAUUAAUCAUUACUAAAUGUGGAAGUUAAACAUGCAUUUCUCUGCUGUUUACUGUUUUAUAAAUAAGUAAAAAAAUGUGUCCAUUCCAAUAAAUCUUUCAUUAAACAGCA